AUGUAUCUAUUUUUUUUGUUUGGCUUCGUUACAUCUCAAUUUGUACCUCAACCUACUAGGCCUAUCGACUUAUGGAAUCCUUUUGGGACAACGACCACCAUAAGGCCCAACGGACAGACUUUAUCCAAAGAUGAGGUCAUUGUGAGGUUGCCUAUCGGCGAUGUAUUGGGUAAAGCCGUCUUGCUCCCUAAUCUGCCAUGGACACCUACUCAAGACUUUAGUGAGCAGAUCCCAAGAGAUCGAAUGCCAAUGGAACCAAAUCCACUGCUUCCGAAAAACAAUGUUACCAUCUUCACUUUUCUCGGAUUACCGUAUGCAGAGCCUCCUGUAGCCAACAGGAGAUUUAAGCCUCCUCAACAGCUUGUUCAACUACCUGGAGCUUCACCUUAUCUUGCGUUCAAAUAUGGUGCAUCUUGCGGACAAGAUGUUGAAGGCCGUCCACAGGCUGCUCCCUAUCCAACAGAGUCGAAGACUGAGGCUGUUAAUGAUCCUUAUCCUUUUAUGGUUGAUGAAAACUGUUUGUUCUUGAACAUUUUCACUCCUGAUGUAUCAAAAGUAUCUGGCAUGGUAUACCCAGUGGUCGUUUUCUUCCAUGGCGGCAACUUUCAAACUGGUUCCGCAAGUGAAUGGCCAGCGCAUGGUCUGGCUUCUCGGGGAAUGGUUGUAGUUACGGUCAAUUACAGGCUUGGAGCUUUCGGUUUUCUGAGCUUGGGCGAUUCUGAGUCUGGAAAUUAUGGAUUACUGGAUCAAAAGCUCGCUCUGGAAUGGGUUAGGGACCAUAUAGCAUCUUUCGGAGGAGAUCCUCAAGCUGUUACGAUCAUGGGACAUGAUGCUGGAGCUGUUUCUGUAGGCUUGCACAUGCUGUCUCCAUUCUCUAAAAAUCUAUUCCGUUCUGCUGUGGCAAUGUCCGGCGCUGAAGUAUCUUAUCAUUCGACUAUUGGCAAACCAGCUUUAGCUUUCAAUAAUACUAUCAAGUUAGGAAGAUACCUUGGUUGUGUCAGCACUAUACCUCAACAUGUAUGGGACUGCAUUCAAACUAGGUCUACUAAUGAUAUAGUGAGAGCUACUACAACGAUUCCCAUCGAAUACAACAGAUACAUGUUCUUACCGUCUCUGGAUGGAAAAAUUAUCCCAGGAAAUCCACUGUACAUUCUCAAUAAUGCUCCGACCGGGCAGACCAGCGUCAUCAGUCCUGUGCCGAUACUCAUAGGAAUGAACGCACAAGAUGGGAGCGAAGUCAUUCUGGAAGAUAGGAAACUUGGAGAAUUCAAUAAUUUUAACAAUGUGGAUUACCAAUACAUGAAGAGCUUCGCUCUGGAGUACAGUUUUCGACAUAACUACUCGAUGAAUCGUGAAGCGAUAACUGAAGCAAUGAUUGAUCGAUACACCUACUGGCCUGACCCAUCGGCUGAUUGGCAAAUACGAGAGAAAUUCAUUGAAAUGACCACUGAUUGCUACUACACUUCGCCUAUAGCCCUCUCUGCACAUCUGCAUUCAGCUUCUGGUUCGAGAACCUGGAUGUAUGUCAAUAACUACAACUUUUCAAGAGGGAACGAGAACUUCAGAUUCAUCUAUGACUGGAUGGGUGCUUGUAGGGAGUGCGAUUUGUUCCUUAUGUUUGGUUAUGCGUUCAUGCCAUCUGAGUUAAGACCCUAUCAUAUGCAGAAUGUUUCUUUUACCGAGCAUGAUAGAAAUGCGAGCCAAGUAUUCUCAAACUUCAUUAGGCGCUUUGUUACUCAUCAAAACCCUAACUUCCUUAGUGAUGGAACUUGGUCUGACUUCCAACCUCGCGCGCAUUGGUAUUUGAACUUUAACUAUACUCACUGGUCGGAAAUGACUGUCCCAGGGAUUUUAAUGAGAGACUAUCGAUACGAAUUUGUUUCCUUCUGGAAUAACUAUAUUCCUGCGCUAGUUAAUUAUAUGACAACUACUUUCCCGCCGUCAGAAGUGAGAGUGAGGAAUGAGUUGAUCUUGUUUAAAUGGAUAGUUGGAAUCAUUGCCGUAUUGCUUAUGAUUGUAGUAGUUAUCGCGGGUACCUUCUCAUAUCUGUACUGUGAGAGAUCUUAUGGUUUGGAAGAGACGAGAGAUCGAUAUCACUUAGUAGAGUAUCCAAGUCAGUUUGGUACUCCACAUAUCUAA